UGCCAGUUUGGUAAUCCCCUAUGUAGUUUAGUGUUUCGAUGCCGAGCCCGUCUAACCGUGGCCCCCUCUUACUUCACUAUUCUACUUAGUCCAACUGUGUCAUUAAGGCGUGGAUUUGUUCGAAGAUUUGCAGUUUCAGAUCUGGUCUCGGGAAGAGUAAGUUGUUAGUGUUGAAUGAAUUGUUAAUAUGUUAAAAAAUUUCGCCCACCUUCAACAACGGUUACCUAAGAUACCCAACAUCAAUGUUAAUUUAAGAAAACCAGUUAAAUUGACAGUAAUUAGUGUCACUCUUGGGUUAGCUCUAAUUGGUUUCUUGUCUGCUUAUUUUCGACGAAGAAAGAAUCAGAAAAAAUUUCCAGAGAAAGUCAAGGCUCAACUAAAAUUACAAGCGAAAUACAAUCUGCCAAAGACAUUUUCUAAUGGAGAUGUACAUGGAAGAAACAUACAUGUAUUGGGAGCAAGUCCACUCGAAACCUUAUUACGGAAACAAAAAUCAUUAUCAGGAUCAUUGUCUAGUCUAGGAGGUGUUUCUACAACAUCCACCAUUACACAUUCAGGUGUUGAUAUGGGAUCAAUGACCCCUCUACAACUCUGUCAACUAGGUAUGGAGAGAUUGUCAGGUGCUGUGUCACUAUGGGAAGAUGCCAUUAUGAGAUUGUCAUACCUUGACGACCAACCAUACCUAGCUAUACCUGACCCAGACACUGCAGCGUUACAGCAUCGUUUAGAGAGAUUAUUGGAUAUGGGGUAUAAGAUGCAGGAUAACUACGAACGCCAGUGUGAACGCCAUGCAGACCAUUUUGCAUUAGAGACAGCGCUAUCAGCUUUUACAGAAGCCAAUAUGGCUCUUCGGGAACGACAAAGAAGUUUAGAUGGUGAUUCUGGUAGUGAUCAAGAUUCGUUUGUUUCUGCUACUGAUAUGGCUAAUUUAUCUGAUUUAGAAAAUCAUCGUGAACUAUUCCACUAUUUACCUCUAUAUGAAGCUGGUUUGAUGGAAUUAAAGUAUGGAAAUAUUACUUGUAGAACUUUACGGACUGAGAUGACACAGUGUUUAUCAGAUACAGAAUUUCUAGCUAAACUUCACUGUCUUAGAUUAGCUUCUGAUGAAUUGUUUCGAGAUGAUACAACACGUGAUUGGUUUAUAGAAAUGGGUAGAACUAUAAUAGGUGAUCUAUUAAAACAAUGUGAUAAGGAUCCAGAAGAUUUUUAUUUAAACUAUGAUAAAACAAUAGAAUUUAUAAAAGACCCUGUUAACUCGUGGAAAAUAGAGGAUGAAUUAAAAGGCAGAGGGGUAAAACUGAUGACAUAUUAUGAUAUUGUGUUGGAUUUUAUUAUGAUGGAUGCAUUUGAUGAUCUAGAAGGUCCGCCAUCUACAGUAACGGCUGUCGUGCAGAAUCGAUGGCUUUCAAACGGGUUUAAAGAAACAGCUUUAUCUACAGCUAUAUGGUCAGUUUUAAAAGCCAAAAGAAGAAUGUUGAAGUUUUCUGAUGGUUUUAUCGGUCAUCUGUAUAGUAUAUCAGAACAUGUCAGUCCAUUAUUAGCUUGGGGUUUCCUCGGACCAGAAUCAGAAUUAAAAACAUCAUGUUAUGUUUUCAAGGAUUUAGUGUUGGGGUAUAUUCAAGAUUUGUUUAGUUUUGAUAAAGCUCGUUACACAACAGUAGAAGACUUAGCAGCAGAUAUAUUAUCAAUCGCUAAACAAACUAGUGAAGUGGCUGCAGAACAAUUAUCAUCUUGACGUUUUUCAUGGUUUAUAUGAAAUCGACAAUCGUUUAAUUGAAAAAAUUUUGAGAAGAUGGGUUUUAAAAAAAAUACAACUCAUUGGACUAAGUGGAAAAGAGACAUCAUAAAAUCAUUUCUGUCAGUUUGUAGUGAACUCAAGUAAUUAGAAAUACAGAAUUUGCUCGCCAGAUAUUCUCAUUUCUAGAAGAAAAUUACAGUACAGUAAUCACUCUUUAUAAUGUUUUCAUGAAAUCGAAAUUCUAAAUUUAGAUAAGCAGAAGUGAAGUUGGCUUAUUGAAGAGAAACAAUAUUAAUAAUGGCAGUAUUACCUUAUCGAACAGAUUCAUAAAGACGGUAUCGUCUUAUUGAAGAGAAACGAUAUUGAUAUUAAUGAAAAGAUUGAUAAAGACAGUAUCAUCUUAUCGAAGAGAAACAAUAUUGAUAAAGAUAGGAUUAUCUUAUAGAUUUAAUUAAAAUACUGAACUUUGAUUAUGAUAUAAUACAAUAUGAAUUGUGUGCUUGUAAUAUACAAUAAACAAUACUAGCCACUACGGUAAAUAAAUUAUUUGUGUUUACCUUCGUCAUUCAAAAUCUGUCUUCAUUAGACAACUGUUGAAAAGUAAGACGUUAAACUCCAUUACAUUUCGUCUUUCAAAAAUAUGCAUAUUUGGAUAUUAAAAUAAAAGUAAAGCUUAUCAUGAUUGUAUGCUUGUAAUAUACAAUAAAGAAUGCUAGCCACUAUGGUGAAUAAAUUAUUUGUGUUUACCUUUGUCAUUCAAAGCCUGUCUUCAUUAGACAACUGUUGAAAAGUAAGACGUUAAACCCCAUUUCAUUUCGUCUUUCAAAAAUAUACAUAUUUGGAUAUUAAAAUAAAAGUAAAGCUUAUCAGAUAACCGACACCUUCCCGUGCUGAAAGUGACAGUGUUGAAAAGAAAUGUAGGAUGGAAUUGUUAUGCCAACAAGACCUGUCAUUAUUUCAUCUGUCAAAAUUAUUGUAGCUUUAUAUGUUUGUAGCAUCGUCAAAAUUUUCAAAUAAAUAAGAUUCAAUGUU